GUUGUGUUCAUCUUUGAUGGUCUGGAUGAAAGCAGAAUCACACUGAUGUUUUCAGACGCUCAGAAAGUUUGUGAUGUGACUGAGACUUCAUCAGUGGCUGUGUUGAUGUCAAAGCUGAUGAAUGAUGUUCUAUGAGGAGGACCUGAUUGAGAGCGGCAUAGACGUCACUGACGCCUCGGUGUAUUCUGAGAUCUUUAAGGAGGAAUCUGUGGUUCAUCAGAGGAAAGUCUACAGCUUCAUUCAUCUGAGCUUUCAGGAGUUUCUCGCUGCUCUCUAUGUAAUUGACUGCUAUUUAAUGAAGAGCAUGGAGCCACUGCAGUUCUUUCUGCAUGAAUUCAGAUCUUACAGAUUUAAUGUCUCUCUGUAUAAUCUCCUGAGAUCAGCAGUGAAUAAAGCUCUCAAGAGUAAGAAUGGACGUCUGGAUCUGUUCCUGCGGUUCCUGCUGGGCGUCUCACUGGAGUCCAAUCAGAGACUCUUACAGGAUCUACUGACACACACACAGAACAGCUCAAGGAGCAUCAGAGAAACCACACGGGACAUUAAAGAGAUGAUCAAAGAUGCACAUGAUAGUUAUCGUCUCUCAGCUGCUCAGUCCAUCAAUCUGUUCCUCUGUCUGCUGGAAGUGAAAGACCAGACUCUGUUCAGAGAGAUUCAGGAGUUUGUGAAAUCAGACAAACACUCAGAGAAGAAACUCUCUCCUCCUCGCUGCUCAAUAAUCGCUUACAUGAUUCAGAUGUCAGAAGAGCCGCUGGAUGAACUGAACCCCAUGAAAUACAACACAUCAGCUGAGGGGAGAAGAAGACUGAUACCAGCUGUGAUCAACUGCAGGAAAGCCCUACUUUCUGGCUGUGGUCUCUCAGAUCAGCAUUGUGAAAUUGUGUCUUCAGCUCUACAAUCCUCAAACUGUGUCCUGAGAGAGCUGGAUCUGAGUAACAAUGACCUGCAGGACUCUGGUGUAAAGUUUAUUUCUGAUGGACUGAAGAGUCCGAACUGUCAGCUGCAGAUACUGAGGUUGUCAAGCUGUAUGGUGUCAGAGGAAGGCUGUAGUUAUUUGUCUUCAGCUCUGAGUUUAAACCCCUCACACCUGAGAGAGCUGGAUCUGAGCUACAAUCACCCGGGACCAUCAGGAGUCCAGCUGCUCAAACACAAACUGCAGGAUCCAGACUAUAAACUACAGAUACUCAAUUUAGCUCAUGGAGGAGAGAUCAGGAUGAGAGCAGGACCACGAAAGUGGGCCUGUGAUCUCACACUGGAUCCAAACACAGCAAACACUCGACUCGUGCUGUCUGAUGAGAACAGGAGGAUCACACAUGAGUAUGAGCAUCAGCAGUAUCCCGAUCAUCCAGAGAGAUUUGAUGAUGUUCCUCAGGUUCUGUGUGUUGAGACUCUGACUGGACGCUGUUACUGGGAGACUGAAUGGAGCGGAGAUAAUGCUGAUAUAUCAGUCUCAUAUAAAGGAAUCAGCAGGAAAGGAGUGAGAGAAGGCUGUAUGUUUGGAUGGAAUGACAAAUCCUGGAGUCUGGAUUGCUCUGAUGACAGAUUCACUGUCUGGCACGAUAAAAACAGCACAGAAAUACCUGCUGACGCUUCAUCCUCUAAGAGAGUAGGAGUGUAUGUGGACGUGUCGGCCGGCUCUCUGUCCUUCUACAGCGUCUCUGACACACACACACUCACACACUUACACACACUCAACACCACAUUCACUGAACCCCUCUGUGCUGGAUUUACAGUUUAUUAUGAAUCCUCAGUGUCUCUGUGUGAUAUUAAACAAUAGAGAGACUCUGGAAAUCCUCUUUCUGAUGUUCAAACGCACACAAAUCUCAUAUUAUUAUAU